GGGCACCUAUUGUUUUUCAGGGUAUAUAAGGUGUCCUGAGGCCAGUCGUGUGCCACACUCGGUGCUCACACGAGCUGAUCACUGGCAAGAUAGCAGCGGAGACAAGGCGGUCGCGUGGCCCCUCUUAGGCGGCCGGGCUCGGAAGUUUCCGGGAACUUUCAAUUUCCUCCCCGUCUAGGGAAUUUCGCUUAGGGGGAGGGGUCGAGCCAGGACUCCGAGCUCGGAAAGAAUGGCCUCUCUCGUGGACAGCAACCUCUCUGACUUCGAGAAUAGCAGCGACCUGUCAUGCUUUCUUACAGACGAGGAGGACAGCAGCGGGCUACUGCAGGCUGCCUCCUCUGGGCAGCACUCGGAGCAGCACCGCAGAGAAGAGCGGAGGGAGGACGAGGAAGAAGAGGAGAAGGAGCGCAAGAGAAGGAGAGGCCGUGGCCGGGUAAGGAGCGAGGCGUUGCUUCAUACCAUACGCAAGACCCGGCGGGUAAAGGCCAACGAUCGCGAACGCAACCGGAUGCACAACCUGAAUGCGGCCUUGGACGAACUGCGAAGUGUAUUGCCCACCUUCCCAGACGACACCAAGCUCACCAAGAUCGAGACCCUGCGCUUCGCUUACAACUACAUCUGGGCCCUUGCAGAGACCCUGCGUCUUGCUGACCAGUGCUUGCAAGGGCCCCCCAAGGAGCUGCUUCUGCCUGCCUACCUUCAUCCUGCCGACUCUCCCAGCUCCGCCAGCGAUGGAGAAUCGUGGAUCUCCAGCGCUUCUCCAGCUGCAGCCUCCUCCUCCUCUUCAUUCUCCCCACCUUCUUCCUGUUGCUCCUCAUCCCCUCUCUCCAACCCCAGCAGCCCUGCAGCCUCAGAAGACUUUGGCUACGGGAACCCUGACCCCCUCUUCUUCCCUGGCCUGCCCAAAGACUUAGUCCACGUUGCUCCCUGUUUCGUGCCCUAUCGCUAGCUAGGCCUGUGGUGCGCCCACACACAGGCUUCGCUCUGACACAUGCGGGCACAUCACUAGUGACCUCGGGGAGGUCCCCCAAGCUGUAAGGGGAAGGAAAGGGCAGAAGCAGAUAUGGGUGUAUUGUGUUGGGAGGAGUGCAGCUUAGAGAUCGGGUCUUCUGCCUGCUCAGCUGUCCUGGGAGUAGCUUGGUUUGGGGUUAGCCCUCCGGGCUUUAAGUCACCUCAUCCUCUCCAAACCCCUAGCGGAGUCCUUCACAUUGCGUCCUUCCCUUUUGCACUUUGUGAACUCCCCCAAGACUCCCUCCUUUGUGGCGCCUUUGAGCUGAGCCCCCACUGCCGGGGGAGUUAGCAAAGGGGCAGGUCAGCUGCUGAAGACGAGGUGAAAAGUCAAUUUUACAAUUUGUAGAACUCUAAUGAAGAAAAACGAGCAUGAAAAUUUGGUUUGAACGGGCUGACAAUACAAUGAAAAGGCUUAAAAAGGAGAGACAAGGAGUGGGCUUCAUGCAUUAUGGAUCGUGACCUCCAGCACCGUCGUAGUGCUAUAGAGAAGGGCUCAGCGCUGCAGACCCGGGCUAUUCAGCCUCGGAGCUCCAUAGGAGUUUAAUUUAUUCAAGAUGUUUCAUUCAUAUGAAAAUGUAUUUUUGUACAUAAAGAGUUUAUUCUAUUAUUAUGUAUAUGAUCUGAAAGUUUACACUUUCUGUAUUUCAGGUGUUCUGUGUAAAUAAAAAGUUUUUGUUUUUCUAACGUUUACGAUUUUUGA